AUGCCGCGAAUAGCCCCCCAGCUAAUUCGUAGCGCUUUGGGCCAUUCGCCUGAACUUGCCGCUCUGCUACCAGCAUGCCGGGAUUUAAACUCAGCGUUCAACGAGCUUCGAUGGAUUCGUGAGCACGUCGACAAAACAGUCAGGCUCAAUCGCAAAAGACACCUUGAGAGACUGUGCCAGAAGAGGGGGCGAGGCGUUCCCCUUCAGUAUCUACUUGGCACGCAGCCUUUUGGGUCCCUGAAUAUCAAUUGUAAACCAGGAGUUCUGAUACCUCGCCCAGAGACUGAGGCAUACGUAUGCUAUCUCCAGGAGCUUCUAGAGUCAGGGGACUUGCUAGGACAAAAGCUCUCCGAGUUGGGCAAUCUUCGCAUCAUCGACUUCUGCACGGGGACCGGAUGUAUUCCCUUGCAAUUAUUUUCCACUCUUCAACGAUCAGUUCGAUCCCUUGAAGUAUGCGGCGUAGACAUAUCACCAGUAGCUCUCGAGCUUGCCAAGGAGAAUGCGAGGUACAACGUGGCACAGGGAUGCAUGGCUUCAUCGAAUAACAAGCAAGAGCUAUCCUUUCAGAAGGCCGACAUAUUUCGCGACACGGAUAUGCAACAGUUCACUGGACUGCCGUGGGAUAUCAUGAUCUCUAACCCCCCGUAUAUUUCUAGAAAAGUCUGGAAUUACGGCCGGGGACAAAUGGGGUACUCUGCACGGAAGUAUGAGCCUCGUCUUGCAUUGGUCCCGGAAGAUGAUAUGCCUCCUGCUCCUGCCGGGUUACUGCAUGAAGAUAUUUUUUACGCAAGACUACUGGAUCUUGCCCAAACACUCCGUCCCAAAAUCCUUCUUAUGGAAGUAGGAGAUGAGAACCAAGCCCGACGAAUCGUUCAAUACUGUUUAAGCCAUGCAUUUUGUACAAAGGCCCAGUGGACGGUAUGGCGAGAUUGGCCAGACGUGGCUCCUGGAUCUGACAAGGCCACCGAGGAGUCUGACUUCACAAUAAAUGACGGGAAACGAAUCACCGUUCCCGUUAAAGGCAGUGGCAAUAUCCGGUCCAUUGUAAUAAGAGUUUUAUGA